AUGAGGAUGACCAUUCCAGGCCUUGGUGGCGCCGUCGCCUCAGAUCCUUGUAUAUGGCGGCCAUGUCCUUUUCUCCGUCCACUUUCCGAAUCGCAAUCUCGCUGCUCCUCCUUGUUGCUAUCGUCACCGCCUUCACUUUUCUCCCCGUCGAACAGGCAAUUUCUCUCUCCCCCCUGCUCUCCUGAUUCGCAUUUCGCCUGUAAAUGUAGCUUUAGUGAUAAUAAAUUGAAAGACUUCUUGUUAUGGAUUAAGGAAGAUCUUGGACCUUUUGGUCCACUCGCAUUGGCUUUGGCUUAUAUUCCUCUCACAAUUGUGGCGGUUCCUGCUUCUGUGCUCACGCUAGGCGGUGGUUAUCUUUUUGGACUGCCAGUAGGAUUUGUAGCCGACUCUCUUGGAGCUACUUUAGGUGCAACAGCAGCAUUUCUGCUGGGUAGAACGAUUGGUAGAUCUUAUGUCACCUCAAAAAUAAAGCAUUACCCAAAGUUUCAAGCUGUUUCCGUAGCAAUACAAAGAUCUGGCUUCAAGAUAGUUUUGCUGCUACGCAUUGUCCCCAUAUUGCCCUUCAAUAUGUUGAAUUACCUCCUAUCUGUAACCCCCGUUCGCUUGGGGGAAUACAUGCUUGCCACAUGGUUGGGAAUGAUGCCCAUUACAUUUGCGCUAGUUUAUGUUGGAACUACUCUGAAAGAUCUUUCUGAUAUCACACACGGAUGGCAUGAGAUGUCUGUAUUUCGUUGGGUAGUUAUGAUGUUUGGCGUUGCUCUAGCUGUAAUUCUGAUAAUAUGCGUAACGAGAGUGGCGAAAUCAUCAUUGGACAAAGCAUUGGCUGAGAAUGCAACUGAAUUAGAUGGCAAGAAGAAUGACGACACUUCCAUGCUUCCCAUCGUAGAACCACCACCGCCGGAUCACUUACACGAGUCUCUCAUUAUCAGAAUCGACCCAUCCAAUACUUGA